AUGGACAGUGCUUUUGUUUUCCACGUAUUACUUGCUUUGGCGUCCUAUCUAUUUGCUUCCAUCGACGCAUUUAAUGAUAAUUACGAAGUCCACAUCAACAUGAAGCAAUGUAUCCACAAAACUAACCAGAAAUUUCUUUCAAUCGCCCUGGAUUCGAGUCUGAUCAGAUUUCAUUGGAACCAUUUUAACUUCAGUUCAGAAAAGCUACAAAACCUUGCGAAAGGUCUGGCGCCAGCUUACCUACGAAUUGGCGGAACAGACGAAGACUUCUUGUUGUUUAAUCCGGAUGAAACGUAUCGUAAGAAUCCGUCGCACGAUAAACGCACGGACUUGCAAAAAAUGUCACGUGAUCAUCCUUUUACUAACUUCACAAUGACAACAAAGGACGUAGACAACCUUUUCACAUUUGCCAAAGAAAGUGGAUUGCGUAUAAUCUUUGGACUGAAUGUUCUCUUGCGAGAUUCCAAAACGUACCACUGGAACUCUGCCAAUGCAGAAGAAUUUAUGAAGUAUAUCACUGGCCGUGGCUUUACCUGUGAUUGGGAGCUUGGAAACGAGCCUACUCAAUUAUACAGCCUGAUAAACAGAACAAUAACCGGUAAAGAAUUGGCUUUUGAUUUUACAAUUCUUCGAAAACUUUUGAACGCGCAUCCUGAAUAUGGUCAAAUGCUUCUCGGUCCGGAUAUGACGUCACCAUGGAGCCCACAACGUAGGAAGAAGUAUUUGAAAGAAUUUCUAAACAACAUAGACGGAAAUAUAGAUGCCAUGACAUAUCAUCAAUAUUACACCAAUAACCAAGCAAAGGUAUCCGAGUUUUACGAUCCAGAUCUUUUAGACGACCUCAUUACAGACAUACAACAAGUACAAAGCAUUAUGAGAGAGUCUGGUGCGAGCUCCAUUGAUCCUUGGCUAGGAGAAACCUCUAGUGCAUAUGGAAGUGGAGUACCUGGUGUCUCUGAUAGUUUUAUCGCUGGAUUCACGUGGCUUGAUAAACUUAGUGUUGCUGCAAGACUCGAACAGAAUGUCGUUAUAAGGCAGACAUUGUAUGGAGGAUCUUAUUCGUUGAUAAAAAUGAAAACUUUGGACCCCUUCCCAGAUUACUGGUCAGCGUUCUUGUACAAGAAAUUUGUCGGAUCUCGUGUGCUCGAAGUGCUGAUGGUAUAUCGCUGGGUCGUACUAUCCGUGUCUAUGCUCAUUGUACAUCAGAGAAGUCGGGUUACGACGCUGGGAGUUUAG